AUGUCAUCAUCCAACAAGCCUCAUGUGUCCCUCAUCGGGUUGGGCAACAUGGGCCUCGCCAUCGCAAACUGCCUAAUAAAGUCCGGAUGCAAACUCACAGUCUGGAACCGUUCCGCCUCAAAAGCAGCUUCGCUAGUCGCUCAGGGCGUAACCGUGGCCGCGACGCCCGCUGAGUGUGUCGCCAGCAGCCCAACAAUAGUUAUUUGUCUAUUGUCGUAUGAUGUUACGCAACAAACGUUAGACGAGGUGAUUGAUCUCUCUGGCAAGACGAUCAUCAACCUCACCAACGGUACUCCACAGCAAGCUGUCAAGGUUGCGACUCUUGUUCAGCAACGGGGUGCAGAAUCCUACAUCCACGGUGCGAUCAUGGUCCCUCCAAUCCUCUUGGGCCAGCCGUCAUCGGUGACUCUCAUUUCCGGACCGAAAACCGCGUAUGAAUCACAGAAAGAACUUCUGUCUUCCAUCGGGACCACCAGGCACGUAUCGGACGACAUUGCAAAGGCAUCGCUUCUUGACAACGCCCUUCUGUCCAUUAUGGGUGGCGUGUUCGAAGGCUGGGUUCAAGCUCUAGCUAUUGUGGGCAAGGCUGGAGAAGACGAAGUUGACUUUGCAGCCCUGGCGAGCCCCUUUGUGAAGUCUAUGGCUGACUGGCUGCCUCGCAUUGCGGGUCAUGUUCGUGAGAAGCAGUAUGUUGGGGGUUCGCCGUUGACGAUGCAGUUGGAGGCGUUGGAGAAUAUCUCGGAAACGAGCCGCGAGCUUGGGGUGGGUGUGUUGUUGGGUAGUAUGAGGGAGGUGAUGAGCGAGGCUGUAAAGAAGGGAAAGGGAGGAGAGAGUAUUGCUGGGUUGGUGCCAAUGUUGACUGAGUUGGAUAAGAAAUGGUAG